AUGAAAAUGCAAAAUCAGAGCAUAAUCACCGAAUUCAUCCUUGUAGGAUUCUCAAACCUGAGGGAACUACAGAUCCUCCUUUUCUUCAUCUUCCUUCUGGUAUACCUGACCACGUUGACUGCCAAUGCCACUAUCAUGACAGUUAUUCGCUUGGACCGGGCUUUACACACACCCAUGUACUUCUUUCUCUUUGUCCUCUCCUGUUCUGAAACCUGCUACACUUUAGUCAUCAUACCAAAAAUGCUUGCAAACUUACUCUCUACCAACCCAACUAUUUCUUUCUCUGGCUGUGCUGCUCAGCUCUAUUUCUUUGUAGGUUUGGCCUGUACCAACUGCUUUCUCAUUGCUGUGAUGGGCUACGAUCGCUAUGUUGCCAUCUGCAAUCCUCUCAACUACAUGAUCAUUGUCAGCCGAGCCACCUGCAUCCUAUUGGUUCUGGCCUCCAGCUUUUGUGGCUUCCUGAUCUCUGUGGUUGUCAAUGUACUGGUGUUCAGUGUUCCCUUCUGUUCCUCCAAUCGCAUCAGCCACUUCUUUUGUGACAUUUUCCCUGUCCUCAAACUGGGCUGCACAGACACCCACCUGAAGGAAAUGGUCAUCUUUUUCCUCAGCAUUCUGGUGCUGUUGGUCCCUUUUGUGCUCAUCUUUAUCUCCUAUGUGUUCAUUGUGUCCACCAUCCUCCAGAUCUCCUCUGCAGAAGGACAGCGCAAGGCCUUUGCCACUUGUGCUUCCCACCUCACUGUUGUGAUUGUCCACUAUGGCUGUGCCUCCUUUAUCUACUUGAGGCCCACAUCCCUGUAUUCCUCAGACAAGGACUUACUUGUGGCAGUGACCUAUACAGUCAUCACCCCCCUCCUCAAUCCCCUGGUCUACACCCUCAGAAACAAGGAGGUUAAGGUAGCACUGAGAAAGGUGCUCAGCCGGUACUCACUUGCCAAGAUCGUGUGA